CCGCAGCAGAACUCGCACAGAAGAAAGAAAGUCGUACAGGUUUUGAAAGACAUGAGGGUGAGUACAUUUAUUUUUAUUUUUGGGUGAACUAUCCAUUUAAGGUCAAAUUCAGAAUUGUCAUUGCAAAAAAUAGAAUUUUCGAGUGAAUAUUAUGUUUAACAUCAGAUUGUCUUUAAUGCAGGUGUUAAAAUGCUUAUGGAUUUAAGCUACGGUAGCCAGCCUAACCUGCUUCCACAGCAGUAUCCUCCCCCUCUACUGCCCAAACCAGGGAGAGACAACGUCCGUCUGCAAAAACUACUAAAGAAAAUAACAAAGAAGAAAGUCGGCUCUUGCUCUCAGACACCCAUCCCAUUCCGGUCCAGCCUAUCUCCAGUGAAUGAAGCCAGUCCUGAUCUAGAGCACAGUGACCACUCCACUCCUCCCCGGACUCCAGAAACCCUCUUCAGCAGGACCCCUGACUCUCGAUAUUCCUCCACAAGCCCCUUCCACCACUACUCGAGCUCCCCAUAUGUGUACUCCGUCAAUAGCUCACACUACAGUUCCACACCCACAUUGUCAUACUCCAGCCCUGCCCGAUCCCUGGAGCAUCAGAUAGCACCACUAUACACAUGCUCAUCGCUUCUUUUUGACGAUGACACAGAGCAGACUGCAGACUCGUACACAGAUGCACCAUUUGAGAUAGCAUUCAGCCAAAUGCUUCAAUCCCAGCCUUUAGGAGAAGUGACUAGGCAUGGGCCAUCAGAAGAACUACAAAGUUAUGGUGUGGAUAACUAUCAAGCCUCAGCGCAAACACAAGCUCCCACUUUGGCUCCAGUUCGAGCACCCACUCCAAACGUGAUAUCAUCCUUUUCAUCUGCUUACCAGACACAGAGUCACAUCAUGAAUGAAGAAUAUAAGAAUGUUACACCUGCACUGUUUACUCCCAAGCCUUUUGCAAAUGAUCACAUUAUGGAAACUGGCCCUGAGAAAUCACAAUUUGGCACAGGCAUGACUUCCACAGUGCAGAAAAUACCUCUGUUUCCACAAACUAGGAUUUUCACUCCAAAGACUUCAUUUUAUGACGUAUUAAAGCCACCUGUUCAGGACACAUUAUCACGUAAGACAGGACCGACCAUUGCAAAACAGGACCCAAUAAAUGCUAAACAAAAUGCAGCGAUGGCAUAUGAGGCUAAAACCCCUUUUAGUCAACAAAACACACAUACACACUCAGUUACAAAAAGAACCGAGGAUAAUCAACGAUUGUUUACAUUAAACACCACUUCAUCAUCCACAAUGGAAUCGACAGCAUCUUCAAGAAACUACCUGGGACAGAAAACUCAGAAUCAUUGGCUCCAACCUUCCUCAUCCAUUAAUGUGAAAAAUCAAAGUGCUGUAGUGGAUAAUAAUGCUGUCCUUCCAAAAACUGCUGUGGAUAAAAUAAACAAUUCCACUCCAAACUGUGUUGUUCAGUUUGCCACAGGACUCAAACCAUUUGUUUCCAAGGCCUAUUCUAAGGAAUGUCUCACACCAAGGAUAUCUAAAUGUGCUGUUUUAUUAUCCAAGACACUCGCUGAAUCUAGUAAAUUAAUCUCUAGGGAGUGUGAGAUGCUUACAUCUACGGUUCCACAGCAGCUUUCCAAAACGGAAACUUCAGAGCCCUAUAUAAUGACACCAACUAAUUCUGCUCCAAGUAAUACAAAUCAAGAAAAGCCAGUGCUUGCUUCCUCCAGAACUUAUACAUCCAGUACUCCUUUAUAUUGGUCACCAAGACCACCAGCACGUUUUGUGGGCAACCAGACACCACUUCAAAAUGAACCCUUUAUCCCAAAACGAAAGUCGACAUAUUAUGGAUUGACACCUGCAGAAUACACUGCGUAUGGUGGAAUAAAGGUCCAUUCGCACCAUGAUCCUUCUGUACCUCAGGUACAAGAAGAUUUGAAAAAUGGUUCUGUAUCCAAAUGUUCUGCAACAGGAUCUCAAGAAAUAUUCAAUGUAAAAUCUGAUAUCAAAGGUGAAGAAUCAUCUGAUGUGCAAAAGCAAGUUUCAGAGGCUUUACAACCUUCUGCGGCAGUAUCUCCCUCACAGCUCACAACAAAGGUACCAGUUACUGACAUAACUGAAACUCAAACUAUAAACAACACUGCCCCGGAUAAACCAGUUAAAACUUCAAGCAAACAAGAUACAAUACCUGGGGUGCCAAGGCCUCCGGCUUUAAAUACAGAAAAUACACCUUUAGAAAAGACAGCGAACCCAUCCAGUGUUGCUGUAUCAGAGGCUUCAAGACCACCAAUUUCAGUGGCUACAAACAUCACCCCUCCAUUGACGACAGAGGGGUAAAAAAU